GAAAGAAUCGCCAAAGAUACCGCCACUCUCGAUUUAUAACCAGCACAAAUUGUCAGAUACCUCCCACAACGCGAUUGAAAAUCCUCACCAUGCCUGAGAAGUGGGACGAAGAAGAGGACAGCUCUACCCCUCCUAGCUCGCCUCCAACCGCAGCAGCCAUCCCUAGGAGGAAGUUCGACGAUGAAGAGGCCGAAGAUAGCGAUGUACUCGAGUCUUGGGAUGCUGCUGAAGACUCCGAAGUCGAGCGAGAGAAGGCCAAAGCUGCCGCAGAGAAGGCCGAGAAAGCUAGGGAAGCAGAGAAAGCUGCCAAGAAAUCUAGGUCCCAGCGAAUAGCAGAACGGAAGGCCGAGAAUGAGCGACGACUUGCAGAGCAGAACUUGGACGACAGCAGCGAGGAGGACGAGGCAUCCAGGAGGGAACGUCUUCGACGCACCGAACAAGAGUCGGAUCUCAAACACGCCGAAGACUUAUUUGGCAAUAUUGGUAUCAACGAUCGCAAGGUCAUUACUGCAGCCAAUGCUGUUGUGCUUGAUGACAAGAAUCCCUCUGCAACUGUCGACUUGACAACUCUCCCACUCUUCGACCCUAAGACGAAACUGCAGUUUGAGAAGCUCCGAGAUACUCUCAUACCCAUCAUCGCCAGCAACUCUAAGAAGGCCCACUACGUGAUCUUCCUCCAAGAGUUCACGAAGCAACUGGCUAAGGAUUUGCCAAGUGACCAAAUCAAGAAGAUCUCAAGCAGCUUAACUGCACUGAGCAAUGAGAAGAUGAAAGAAGAGAAGGCUGCUGAGAAGGGAGGCAAAAAGAGCAAGGCCCAAAAGACAAAGGUUGCGCUCGUCACGAGCAGGAACACAACGACUGCGGAUGUCAAUGUUUAUGAUGAUGACUUUGGAGACGACGAUUUUAUGUGA